AUGGCAGCGGCGGGCGCGGGCGCCGCGGGGCCCGGCGUCAUGAGCGACAGCGACGCCCUGGACUACUCGGUGCACGAGGCCUGGAACGAGGCUACCAACGUCUACCUGCUGGUGGUGCUGGCCAGCCUGGCGCUGCUGGUCUACGCCCGCCGGAAUAAAAGGAAGAUCAUGCGAAUAUUCACAGUGCCUCCUACAGCAGAGGCACCGUCAGAGCCAAACUUUUAUGACAGUAUGAAAAAAAUCCGCUUACGACAACAAUUAGAGAUGUAUUCUCUCGCAAGGAAGUAUGACCAGCAGCCGCCACCGAAACAGACUGACAGCGUACAGCUCUCAAUGGAAUGAAGUCUCAAAUUGUGGGCACUAAAGCAAUUUUUACAGUGCUGAUCAUGACAGGAGAGUUGGUAUGGAGUCAUUUUCAAAGGAACUUUAAUGGCGUAUGUUUUUUAAAAAACCCUCUCCUAAAAAUAUAUUUCUUGGAAACUUUUCUUUGGGCCUGUUUAGGUACUUACUGAACAUCUGUUGAUUCUUUAAAAAUGAAAGCACCUAAUACAUUCCAGUCUUGCUCAAAGAAACACUUGAGGGAAGAUGGCUGUAGUCCAUACUAAAGAGAUGUUCAAAAUGUUCCAGUGGUUUCCACUGUUGCCAAUACUUUGGUGAUCAGCUCCUUUGCUGAACAGAGGUAUUUUUGCAACAUGGCAAUAGAGGACAUUGGGGUUAUUGCGUAAGUUUCUACUGUCUGUCUCCUCUGAGGAUGGUUUCUUAGGGGAACACAUGGAAAAGUCAUGCAGUGCCUACGUGCCUGAACAUUGCCAAGUUUUAUGUCUCAUUUGAACACCAUUGGCUUCUGCUGUCAGGGACCACAGAACAGAACAUUUACAAUACAUGUAAUUGUGCUGCUGUAAAUUCACAGCUGAAGUGAAUAGCUCUUGAGAGCCAGAAAUGUAUAUCAUUGGCCUUAUUGGAGGAAAAAAAUGAAAUUUUCAUCUGUACAGAGAGCAUAAUUAUAGUACUGUACUUUCCAUGCUGAAGCUUUAAUGAAAGCUAAGAUCAGGAGGGUAGUACAUAAGUCUUUUUUGCUAAAGGACUGUAUAUUGUAAUGCUGUAGCGAAGAUUAUUAAAAUUAGAGAGGACUCCAAUAAACCAGCCAGCUAAGUGAGGUCUCUCCCUGGCUAGCUGGAGCACUUGAUUGCCUGUUCUUUUCAUUCCCUCUGAAGCACCUGGGAUUGGCCACUGUUGGAAGAUGGACCAUUGGUCUGAUCCAGUAUGGCCAUUCUUAUGUCCUCCCCCAGUCCCAGGGGCAAUUAUCAGCCAGUGCAAACUGGUGAGUCUCUUAGGAUCAGAUUAGGACAGAAAAUCUGACUUGUAUCCUUUAACAUGCCACAGUAGAGCUGUGCAGAUGGAGAAAUAAUACAUAUGGAGCAACAGAGGAAGGAAAUGCUGAUUCUGACAGGAAAAAUGCAGCCUAAUACAUCUGUAAAAUAAUAUUCAGUGGGAGGGGAAGUUAAACUUGUAAACGUUGGAUAUCAGAGAAAUUAGAGAUUGAAGAAACCUAUUAGGUUAUUUAUAUCUGUCCUUCUGCUAGUGAAGGAUUGUAUUUAUACUAAAGUUUCUACUUGUAAAUUUCAAGUGGUGGAUCUUCCUUUGGAAGAUUUCAUCAAUAGUAGAUCUCAAGUUGGGAAGUUGCUCCUGAUUUUCAGCCUUAAUUUCCCCUUCUUAAAGUACUCUUGGGUAUGUGAGAUGCUGUUUGUUGUAUUGUAUUUUAAUGUGUUUAAUGGCAUUUAAUAGUAAAAUACAUAUUGAACGGAA